AUGACAUAUACCUCAGAAGAGUCGGAAGGUGUGGUUUUCGAGGGGGCAUUGGGCCCCAAAAAGCUUACCGCAUCUUACCCGACCCGCAGCCUAGAAUUCCUUAAAAAGCUCUAUCAGUCCACCCUGCCGAGAGACGUUGAUGAGAUUGCCCAACUAGCAGAAUGUCCACUCAACAUCAUCAUUGUUGGCGCUGGAAUUGGUGGCUUAGCGACUGCCGUUGCGCUGGCCCAGCGCGGACACGACGUCACUGUCUUCGAACAGGCCCCGGUGCUCGUUGAAGUUGGAGCAGGGAUACAGGUGCCUCCGAACUCGACCAAGCUGCUCCGCCGAUGGGGGGUGGAACCUCACGUCAAAGACUUUGUGGAGCCGAAGGCCAUCAACUUUCGACGUUGGGAGAAUGGAGCAGUUAUCGGCCAUACGCAGCUCAUUCCAGAUUGCCGGACAGCUUUCGGAGCGCCUUACUAUGUUGUGCAUCGUGCACAUUACCAGCAAGCCCUGUAUGACCGAGCUUUGGAGCUUGGUGUGAACUUUCGGAUGAAUAGCAGGAUCAAUACAUACGACGCCGCGAGGCCGAGCCUGACACUGGAGGAUGGAAAAGAGCAUGUGGCUGAUGUUAUCAUUGGGGCUGAUGGGAUUAACUCCAAUGCACGCAAGGCCGUGCUCGGCAUUAAGGACAAACCUCCUGUCCUCACAGGCUUCGCAGCUUAUCGUGCAACUGUCAACACGUCCAAGAUGCUGGCAGAUCCGGACACUCGAUGGCUUCUAGAGAACCCAGGACAGAAUUGCUGGAUCGGAGAAAGACAGCACGCCAUGACCUACGUUAUCGCUGGCGGGAGCACAUUUAAUGUUGUACUUUCUCAUUCUGAAGAGUCAGAUCCCAGCUCGUGGGAGCAGGAAACGGCCAUUGAGGAUGCUAACAGACGAUUUGCGGACUGGGACCCUUGCCUGACCAAGGUCAUCGGAAUGAUUGAGACGACGUUGAAAUGGCCGCUUAUGAGCGGACAAGCAUUGGAUCGAUGGACCUCAGCGUCGGGCCGGAUGGUAAUCCUUGGCGACGCUGCACACGCAAUGCUCCCCUACAUGUCGCAGGGCGCGGCCAUUGCUGUCGAGGAUGCGGGCUGCCUAGCUACUCUUCUCUCGCUUAUUCGGUCCACGGCGGAGCUCCCGGCAGCUCUUGAGGUAUUUGAGAAAAUACGCAUUCCACGCGCGAACCAGAUGCAGGAGGCGAGCGCUGUGAAUAGCAAGCUAUGGCAUUUUGCGGACGGGCCAGAGCAGAAGGCUAGAGACGAAGCCAUGAGGCCGGAGGUGGAGGGACGACAUUUCUUGCAGAGCCCGAACCAGUGGAGCGAUCCAGUGACACAAGCUUGGUGUUAUGGAUACGAUGCAGAAGAGGAGGCGAGAAAGGCAUGGACACAGUGGAGUGGGAGGAAGAUUCAAUGAAGGAGGAUGAGAAUG